AUGAUAUCGAAAUCUACUGGCCUAAAUCCAUAUUUUCCGACCUACGACAACUGGCCGGUGGCCCUCUGGGAGGAGCAUGACUGGGACAAAGACGUUAUGCGCACCACCUGCAACUUGACGUUUUUAUCGCCCGGCUAUCAAAAGGGGUGCGCCCAAUUCGACAAGUACUACGCGAAGAAGGGAAAGGAUCGGAUGUACGUGAAGAUCCGGCUGACGCUGGAAAACGGGAAGUUCAAAACGGUGUGCUUGCGCCCGUUCGGGAAGAGUCGGCUGCAGUAUCAAAAAGUGGUUGGUGACCUGUACUUGAUGUCGCACCUGAAGGCCCCGUACUGCAGCUUCGGCUACAAGAUCAAGGAGGACAACGGGCCUUGGGAGAAGAAAUGGGAGACUUGCAGCGAUGAAGACUGUAAAUGGGAGGCUUCG